UUUCCUCUCCCUGGCAUUGACUAUCCCAUGGACCACUCAACUUCACCCGCCCAAGAGGGCGGCGAGGCCAACAACACCAUUCUCCUACCGACUUUCAAUCUUAUCAUCCCCAGUCGUCCAAGUAGCCCCCUGCAACUCGAUGCCUCCUAUCUGGAGUCUGCGGGAUUGCUCGACGAGUCUUGCACCCAGGAGCAGAGCCACUGCGGCUUGAACUGGCAGUCCGAUCCCAGCUUCCAGGACCACGAGCCUCCUCUAGCCAACCCCCAACCUAUCUGGUGGCAAGAUUCCCCACCAGUGCUACGAAAAACCGAGUCUUUAGAGCAGCAGCUGACCCGCGCCCUGUGCCAGCACGCACACAAAGAGUCCAAGGGGUUUCUCCCCCUAGAUAAGUUGCACGAGCUAGUCGUCGAAGACUCGGUGGCGGAAGCCCUCACCACCUACAUUCCGGGCCUCUCCCUCGAUGAUGCGAGAAGCCACGCCCAGGAAAUUUGCCCCAGAUCCAUGCGUGAUCCCCUGCAGCCAUCUUUCCGCCGGAUGUUUGCAAUCCUCGUCAUGAUCCAGCAGCCGCAGGAGAUCCUCACCUUUGUUAGACACAACAUUGCAGACCACGACUUGCCGCUCGUCAAAGCUCGGAGUAGCACGAAGGGGGUGCACGAGCUUCGGCGAAAGACACAGCCGCAUAAGACGUUGGAGUGUCUGUGGGCGUGGUCGCCGUUUCUGGUGAAUUCUUUCGAAGAGUAUCAGUGGACGUUGCUUUCGCCUUUCUUUUCGAGGGGGAGUAAGGGCACGGUGAGGUUCUAUCCUCUUGAUGACCAGACUAUACUGCCUUUUGUAGAAGACUCGUCGAGAGAUGCGAGUAUUGAGGAUGAUGAGGACUUUCAGGGGGGUCAUGGGUCUAUCUCUAGGGUCAAGAUUCACCCGUCACAUUAUGACUUCCAUGAUAUCUCGGAAACCUACGAGGCUGAGUCCACCUUCGCAGUGAAACGCCUCCACUCCCGCAACCGCGAGAUGUUCUCCCGAGAAGUCGACGCCCUCAAGAGACUAAGCGGUCAGAAGCAUAUCGUCCCCCUCCUCGCCACAUUUGAGUACAAGAACAGCUACCACCUGCUCUUCCCCUGGGCCAAUGCCAACCUACGCCGCUACUGGGCCAUGUUCCCCAACCCGUCCGCAGACAAACGUUACGGCCUCUGGGUAGCCAAGCAGUGCAAGGGCAUGGCGGAGGGACUGAGCAUCAUCCAUGAGCCCCCCGCCGACCAGGGCGACGACUACGCCUACGAGAGCGUCCUGCAGCCGAACCACAGCCAUCUGCAGCGUGGCAGCAAGCCAGCGUACGGUCGUCACGGGGACAUCAAGCCGGAAAACAUCCUUUGGUUUCGAAACGGACCCAACACAGACAUUGGCGUGCUGGAGAUUGCGGACUUUGGUCUGACGAGGUUCCAUCACAGGCAGUCAAGGAGCAAUAUAUCGCCUGUGGGGAUGGGCAACUCGCCGACGUAUCGGGCGCCCGAGUUUGACAUGCCGGAUGGGUUGCUGUCGCGAUCAUAUGAUAUAUGGGCGUUGGGGUGCCUGUAUCUCGAGUUUAUUACGUGGUAUUUCCUGGGAUGGAAUGGCGUGACGCAGUUUUCGGCGAGUAGGGAGACCAAGAGAAAUGACUUGUCGGCUGAUGACUGCUACUUUGAGUUGAGCAGCUCCAGAGAUACGGGAAAUAUUUGCAGCAAAGUCAAGCCUGCUGUUAUGAGGUGGAUGGCAUUUCUGCAUCAGCACUGGGCUUGCUCGCCCUUCUUCCACGACUUUCUCGGUCUCAUCGAGAGCAGCAUGCUCGUGGUUGAGACGAACGGCCAAAGACCCGUCCGCAGAAUCACCGCGGCAGACGUCAAGCAGAGGAUGGUUAGCUUCUACAACCGCUCGGGCUCCGAGGCGGCGUACUUGUCUGGGGCGAACCCGCUGAAUGACAUUCCGGUUUCGACGAUGCAUCACCUGGGGAAUUGCCAUUCUGAAGAAGCUCAGAGGUGGGCCGUUCAAGCCAAGGCAAACACAACUGACGCGCCUGCCUCUUGGGAAUUGGCAAGGAGCUGGCCUCACUUGAAGACAAACCGGAGGCAUUUGAGCAGCAACACUGGCGACGGAAAGGAUGGCAUUUCAUCACCACUUAUGAGACGCCAUACUAACCCGGUCUAUCUGAGUGAUGUAGUCAUAAGUGAAACAUCAGCUUCCACGGGUGACCUGAACAAGCAGAACAUCAGCACGACACACACGAUUCAGGAGACGGGACUGGCACAUAUCCGUCGGUUCGCUUGCCCCUUCUUCAAGAUGAAUCCUCACAAGCAUGGCAAGACUUGUUCGCGGGGAUGGGAGCACAUUCAUAGGUUGAAAGAGCAUCUAUUUCGGAAGCACACUCUUCCAGACCACAGAUGCACCCGCUGCCUAUCUCACUUCAAAGACAAUGCCGAGCUUGAAGCGCACGCUCGCUCCGUCACGCCCUGUGCGUUAAGAGGGCCUUCGGAUUCCGACAACAUCACUCCCGAACAGGAGCGACUUCUGAGGAAACGACCUCGGAGAGAGGUCAUGUCGCACGACGCGGAUUGUGAGCGUUGGCGCAAAAUAUUCAGCAUUCUGUUUCCGAAUACGGACCAGGGGGACAUUUCCCCAUACAAUGACUAUAGUCUUCCCUCAUCGACGACGGUAGAAUACUCCGAGACCAUCGAUGACUAUAGCAAGUUUCUCGAUGGGGGCAUCCCGUCCCACGUGCAGACUGAGCUACAGGCUACGAUAAGUAGAGAGCUAGGGGUUAGUGAGGUUGACGGGAGGAAGAUUGUGGACAUAAUCCCGAUGUUGCAGCAAACACUGCUGCAGUCGUUCCAGAACUAUAAAGGAGGGCUAUCACAGGGUUAA